UGCCGAUGAUGCCCGCAACUAUCAAUGAUGUCUCGUCACAAUUUACGUAAUUUUUGAACGAUCCUCGAGAGGUUUUAUUUUUUUUUUGUUUUCGAUGACACAACAAUCUCUACACAAUCAUGUCCGUCUGUCGUCACUCAAACAUUGCCCGGAAGCAAAUUCAAAAAUUUUAAAUCUUUGUUUUGCGUAAAAGUUUAACAUUCCUUUCUUUAAAAAGACAGAAUACCUCGAUGUUAUCUAUACAAUUUGCGUAGUUAUUACGGCUCAAUAAAUAAAACUGUUAUUACAUUCGGUUUGUCUAUUCGUACGAAUAGAAAGUUUAGAGAACCGUAAGUUCACUCAGGCUCGCUUCCGGUAACUCAGAAUUGAAGCGCUGAACACUUCCCUUUGCUGCAAUCCAACACGCUGGCGGCGACAGCGGAUGUCCUCGACCACUUUUCUAGUCUGAACAGUCGGAACUUCGUCGGAAGUUACCCAAACUGGCCGUUUUUCAACUAGCGACACGUGGACACGUUAUUGCUUCGAUUUUGAAAUCAAGAAAGUAGUAAUUCAGGAGAAAAGCUGGUAAGAUUUCUUCGAAGAUGUCCAAUUUCGCCCAACAUCGGAUGCCGGUUUACAAUUCAGGGCCCGCGCAGCCAUUGGCCGGAUUCCGUUGCGAAAUAUGCCAAAGUCUGUUUGCCAAGCAGUACUCGUUGAAGUACCAUGAGCAGAAAAUACACGGAAUCGUUCGACCGGAAGAUGCGAAACCGGCGCCUGCUACGAUGGCAGUGCCGCCCAGUGUCACAACGGUAGUCAUUCCGGCCAUAGAAACCAAAGCCAUGGCCAUCGCAAAGGCCCGGGGUGAGAUUCCUUUCGCCGUUCUGCACAUGCUGAACGAGGUUCCGUUGAUUGUCCGCGUGGUGGAGCAAGGAAUGUACAGCGUAUUGAAAGCGGCCGAAAGUUGCGACUUCCGGGAGUCUCAGCGUGGCGGGCCAGGAUUGGAGGAAAACCAAAGUGUAUCGAUUGCUGUGGUGGCCACGGUCUACCAAAAGGUCGACAAGCAGGGCAGGCAGUGCUACGAAAUAACUGGACCGGUUUCAUGCUACCAAACAGGCAGCGUUCCACAACUGGAGGAGCAAUACGAUGAGGUCCUGCAGGAUUCGCUCCAAAGCUCGAACAUGUUUAAGACGUUGACGCAACUGAAUGCGACGGAUAUUUCCUGCACGACGGCCGGGGUGCGACAGAAGAAAUGUGGAUUGCCAGCGAUGCGGCCACACGAGGUGGAAGGCCCUGUUCCUUCUUCUUCAGGCAGGAACACGCUCAAGCGGAAACUUCCGCCGAAGGCAAUGAACGUGCCACCUCCUUCCAUCAAACGAUCGCCGCUGCAGCAACCCAAGGUAAUCACGGUGACCCACAAUUCAGGGACAGCACUAUGUACCACCCCGCCUCGCUUUGGCAGACGGCUGAUGGGCGAAAGAAGCUUUCAGGACAUCGUAAGUGGAUCGUUGCUCUCGCCCAAACGAACAUCCACCAUCAAACAUAAUCUCUCGGAUGAAGUGGUUUCCGUUGAGCCGGAAGAUCCGUUCCGGGACAUCAAUGUUAUGGAUCUGGUUCGCGCUGGACAAGAGCUACUAGCAACCGACAUGGACGUAGACAUUGAUGGCCCCGAAGAUGGAAUCUACAUUCCGGUACUAUGAAUGUCAAGUAUAUAUUACG